AUGGCCGACAUUCACUUGGUCAGACGACGCAGACCUCGACAAUUCAGGCGAAUUGACCGACAGGAGACGGACUUGACGGACGAUGAGGUGCGCCGGAGGUACAGGUUUUCUUCUGACAACAUUGACAGACUUGUACGACUGUUGGAGCCGUCGCUUCAAAGACCGACACGACGGAACAAGGCGCUGACCGUACGGCAACAACUCCUUCUGACAUUGAGGUUUCUUGCGUCUGGGGCAUUUCUUCAAAUUAUUGGUGAUACCUUCGGCGUAGACAUUGCUACUGUGUCCCGGGUGGUGACGAACGUGACUGACUGUUUAUUCGCACUGAAAGACACUGUGAUCAAGUUUCCAUUGACGGACGCUGACCGACGCCGCGUUAUGGCUGGUUUUUUCGCAAUGAGGGGCUUCCCGGGAGUCAUCGGUUGUGUUGAUUGCACCCAUGUACGAAUAAUUUCUCCCGGAGGUGAGGACGAACCGUCCUAUGUAAAUAGGAAAGGUUUCCACUCCCUCAAUGUGCAGGCAACGUGCGACCAUAAAGGUCCAUUCCGUGUACAUUUCAUUUAA